UAGCGGGUGCAAAACAAGACUGCUGUCAUCUGUCUGUCUGUCCUUGUUUUGAGAGUUGUAACUCAUUCACGUUCACGUUGUAAUAUGUGUAAUUGUACAUAAUUUUACGUUCUGUGUCUAUCAUAUCACAAUGGAAAGUAGCUUAAAAGAGUUAAUGGCAAGACUCACUAAUCAGGUUGUGGAUAACAUAAGACCUGCUUGUAAGAAAUGUGGUUAUCCUGGCCAUUUUACUUACCAAUGCCGUAAUUUUUUGAAAAUCAAUCCUGACAAGGAUAUAGUUCUAGACAUCAGUAGCACAAGUUCUGAAACAGAAGAAGAAUUCAUGUCCCCUCUUACAAAGCUCAAAGGCACAGAUCAAGGUCUCCUCAAGAAUCUGAUUCUGGAAGUGAGAGUGAUGUUGAUACAGAUACUAGUUCAAGUACACACAAACACAAAAAAAAGAAACAUAAAAGCCAUAAGAAGACUCACAAAAAAAAGAAAUCGAAGAAAAGGGAAUGAAAUUUCAAAACAAAAGAGGGGGAGGACUGAUAUGAAUUAUUUUCAUUUUUCAUCUUCCUCUAUUUUUACUGUUGCCUAUGUAAGGAAAUAUAGUAAGAAGCAUGUGUUAGAACCAUUUUUAUAUGAAAUUAUCUGUUUGCAGCUUAGGUUCUUGCUGGAAACUCAUACCAAAGAUCUUAAUGUGUCAUCAUACUAAAGUCAUGUAUUGUGCAGAUAGGUACAGUAAUCACCAUAUCUGUUAUUGAAUUGAAAUACGCAUUUGCAGUGAAUCAAACAAAACCUUCAAACCUUAAAAUAUCUUAAGAAUUGCUAAUAAUUUGCUAAUUCAAACUGUUUUCCAACUUUAGCCUUUAACUUUUAGUAGUUAUUAUGUUUUUCUGUUUAUAAAGUAAGCCUGAUUUUCUGAGUUCUGUGGGAAAUUAUAUUAUCCAGAAGAAUUGUUUCAUUAUAUAUAUAUAUAUCCUCGAAAUAUGUUAUGAGUCUACCUCUUCGUUUUCCACAUGUUCUUUUUGUGUGUAUAUUUUUAAAUAUAAUAAGGUUAGAAUUAUGUGAUUAAUCUUCUGUUUAGUCUCUUCCUUAUUUAUCAUCUGAAUUAUAUUUUGAGAUUAUUAUAUUUACAUUCUUUUUAAAUACAAUUCUUAAGAGUAAGUUAUUUUAUGCAUAUGUAGUUAUUCUGUAUUAAGAAUUAUUAUCUUUUGUAUGUCUCAUUGUGUAAUAGUAUGUUCAUUCAGAUUGUAGAUAUUAGUAAUAAAAUUUUGAUUUAUAAAUUAC